AUGAACACCCCAAAAGGCCAAGAAGUUCAGAUACUGGUGGAAGAGCUGAUGGACUGUUACAAAUUUGACAUAGCACAUCACAUUUGCGACGUUCGUAAAGGUAGUCAAAAAUUGAACGACUUCAUUGAAUUGAACCCUAAUGGCAAAAUUCCCGUUUUGAUUGAUAACAAUCAAACAGCCAUCAAUACGCAGUCGGCGCCGUUUUGCGUCAUGGAGUCUGGAGCAAUUAGUCAAUAUUUAUGUUCCCGUAUAGAUCAGAACAACAAUUUCAGGUUUGCAGAUUGCACUCAAUCAUCUGAAAUGGAACAAUGGAUUUCGUGGGGCCUUUCCCACUUGGGAAUAUUGGUUGAAGAAUGUAUUCAUUUUGCGCGUUAUGCUUCAACACGCGACACUUAUUCCAUAGAAUAUUACCAAAAUCAAAUACUUGAAGCAUUCGAUGAGUUGGAGCAGCAUCUCGCCCAGCGUGCCUCAAUUGUUGCAAGAAGUUACAUUGCAGGCCUAGGGAGUGGAAAGUACUCUUUAGCAGACAUGGCGAUUUGGCCUUGGAUAAAUGUUAGCCACCUCUGCGGGUUUGAUGAGGGGGUCCUUAAUCGUUUUCCUCACAUCCGCUCAUGGAUGAAGUGUGUAGGUUCGCGACCAGCAGUGAUCGCAGGUUGUUCAAGCAAAUACGAGAUCACGGGGUAA